AUGUUACAUUAUUAUCGCUCUCGUUCCCUAUCCCCGAUCGGCCACUUCCGCCCCCGGACGACAGCCGUUGGACGUCAGAGCCGCUCGCGACAGCCAGCACGAAGGACGCACGAAGCGGCCCCGUCCAUCGACCGUGAAACCGUGCUCAAGAUUAAUCGCCGCCCGCUGCAACGACGUCACCGGUCGUGUGACAACUUCUGGCCUCCGCGGUCACCGGCCACCGGCACCGGGCCGGUGCACGACCGCCACCAUCCCUCCCCAUCGGCCGUGACCGAUGCGCUGCCGGACGCAGAGCAGGGUGAGUUUGCAAUCGACAGCCGCCGGUACGGUAGCCACGACAGCAUCCACUUUGACGAGCGCAUCCGCCGGCAGCACAAAAUUGACCCACUCCGCACACUGUACGACCGGGAGAACGUCGUGCUGACGGACUGGGGGCAACGGCCUCGCUCUACACCGCCUGCUGCUCCCGCGGGCCACCAGCGAGAGGAUAAAAAUGAUAAUCAUGUUUACGGAAGUGCCGGUACGACGACGACGCAGGUGAACGCUCCGUGUCACACUUCCGCCGGGCAGCACGAUAAUCGUACGGCUUUGCGAGAUGAUGACAGCGAGGGCUCUGGGAUACUGCCGGCAACGUCCCGGGACACCGAUCGGCCGGCCGUGCAUGGCAAUUUUGUGCCGGCACAGGACGGUGGUGAUUGUCAGCCACGGAAGGAAGUGCAUCCACCUGAGCCGCCGCCGAGACGGUACUACCUGCCGAUGGAUAAGAUAGUGAGCGGUGAGCUGGAAGCUAUGCUUCGCUUGUUCCAAGACACACCAAUUACACCCGAACAGCAGCAGCAGCAUCAUCAUCGUCGCCUCGAAUCACCCGGUCGUCGCAGCGCCACGCCAUCUCACGGUGGGAAGAUGCAGCUGCACGAGCGCAGCCACUCGGUGCAGGGAUUCGAGAGACCUUCGCAGCAGCCCGCACCAGCUACCCUGCUGCAAGACGGCAUUGAAUCGAAGCCCCCGUUAAAGUGGAAACCCUCCACCGGUGGCCGGACCACACCGAGAAGCGCACUGCAACGCCACCCGACCGUGACGGACGUUAGCUGCAUCGAGACAAUCGACCAGCAGCAGGUCGAUGCGGUUGAGGCGAAUCACGAAUUCAAUUUAAAUUCAAAUACGGGCUGGAAUUUAAAUAUUGAUCGACGUCACGAACCGGCACCGUGCACCGGCGGGCAGGGGAAACCGCCGAAACAAAGUUACUCCAACGCUGCCAACGCCACACCGUCGGUGACGUGUGUCUCUCCCGUGGCGGAGACGGCGGUAUCUAUCGGGGCCGAUCAGCUGACCACUAAUUACUUCGACAAACAGGCGGACCCGUCAACGGUACGUUUUCCUGUUGCCAGCAACUGGAGCUCGCCGGACGCACCAACGGACCAGCGUUCCACCGUACCGGCCUGCUUCCCAGUGACCGCCACCAUCCCCAUUAGUCCACCAAUCGAACGACAGCAAGACCACAAAUUUGACAGUAACGUCAACUGCACCGGUUACCACCGGUGUUGGCCGUCGGUCGGCGAGUUUCAUAAUUACAAUGAAAAACUAAUUACAGACACGGUCGACCAGGGGGUGGUAAUGGCGAUGGAAGGUGGCGGUCCACUCGACACCGGAUCAACACCACAACCGUUGGACGAGCGUCAGAUCACCGAAAACCGAUGCCAGUCGCAUUCGUCAGCAUUAAAUCAGCAGCAGCAGCAGCAGCAGCAACGGUGGCCAUCUCCAAGGGAUCCGGUCGUCUGUCAGCGAAUGUCACCGGGCGAGCCUGGCGGAGUUGGGUUAGCCGAUGCCUAUCAUCACCGAGCUGCGUCGGUCGGGCCCGGCGAGCGUCGCGGUGCGAGUGGCCAGCUCGCCCGGGAGACACAUGUUGCGUACGGGACCACCAACACCACCAGCACCACAGCGUACAACGAGUACGCUAAUGAUAACCUUCAAAGGUUCUGGCCAGUAGCAGCAGCAGGAGCAGAACAGCACGAGAACUACCAGCUCGACUGUAAUUAUGAUAAUAAAAGCGUUCGGAGUCAUUAUCGCCGUGAAGCAUCGUCAUCCGACAAUGGGCAACUUCCGGUGGAGGGACCGGCACCACCACCAUCGGCUUACCGUUAUGUGACUCCAUCCCCACCGCUGCCACCGUACCCGCUGGCAGAAGAACCGCUGGCACCGUCCGUCCCCUGGCGACCCCGGGCACGCUCGGGAAGUUCCGGUUCGAGCGUAAAAAUUAAUGAGAUUUUCAAAUUUCCCCCACCGCCACCAUACCCGUGCGAUUGUGCUGCGGGCGAUAUGACCGCGACGGCCGAGAUGGAGGAGAAGGCUGAGCAGGACGAUGAGCUGCCAGAGGUGUGCCGUAGUACGAAUGUAAACGCUGCUGCUGCUGCUGCUCCUACGAAUACUACGCCGGAUGACACCGGAAGGGAUUGCUCUACAAGUGACCGCUCCAACCAACGUGCCAGCGUCAAGCUUUCACCGGCAGUAAACGUUGCAGUUGCCGUCAAUGCGACAACUUUCCCAUCAACGAACCCAUCGCACCGGGACCGUUGCCAGCCAACGGUUGGCUCCGGUGCCGCCGGUGGUGAUAAUGAUGUCAACGCUCAUCCCACCCGCUGCCCAACACGCUUCGGCUCCGGUUCCCCGGAACCGAACAGCUGCAGCGAGCGGGACGAUGCAAACCCGUACCGCACCGUUUCGGGCGAAUCGUUUCGCUCGCCAACGCCAUCAACCGUACCGGCCAGCAGUAAUGUUGAUGUUGAUUAUUUUAAAACAAAUUUAACGGCUGAUAAAACACGGGACGCCAGCGCAAACAGCCGGGCGCAUCACCAUUUCGACCACCAGUGGGCCGGUGCACCGCGGGACAAAUCAAUCGACCCUGCGCCGUGCCAUUCCGGGGCCGAAAAUAGCGCACCGGCACGGUCGGAACGCGGCACCGAGGCCGUCGGCACGCCGGUACGACCAGCGCGCAUGAUUAGUUUCACCGAUGGUGAGUUUAUUUUUGGCCCGUUCGACGAACGGUCGCUGGAAUUUGGACGAUUUGAAUUAUUGAGCGAUAAACGGGGACCGGGAGCGCAAACACCUGCCGCCCCCGGUCGGACUGGCAGCACGGACGAGUCACUGGAAAAUGCCGCACCCGGGGACGCUGAAUGGUGCUACCUUGCUCACUCCCCUCCCGGCGAGUGUCAACAGUCCCGAGCUCCCUCCCCUCCCACCGACUACACCCGCUGGGCAAGGUUUGAAAAUGGAAAUAUAAGCCCCCGCGCUAAAACCCCUUCGCCCGGGCGCGAUUUGACCGCGAACGAUCGGGAACAAUCAACGCCCGCUUCCGGUGCACCCACUACCGAUCCCACCCGCCGGCAAACGCGCGGCGAAGAAAUUGAGGACAUUUUUCAACAGCUUAACCACUCGCUCAAAGCGAACGCGGAAGACAGCGAGGAAAGUGCAGCUACGAAAGCGACCCUCGGCCAGCUGGUCGAGAACGUGCCGGUAAUCGAACGCAUACUGGAUGAUUUGUUGACCUUUUCGAAGCAGCUGCUGGAGCAGAAGCAGCUGCUCCAGGAGCGGCAAGAGUCGGCGAGCGGCAGCAAUGCAGCAGCCGCGCAACAAGAAGCUGGCGCACCGAAGCUGCGAGCCGAGAAUCGUGCGAUGGCACCACGGGUCGAGAUAAAUGAUGAUAAUUUAAUUAAUUUAUUAGCCUCCGAUAGUAGCGGUGGCGAGGAGGGGAACGAAAUGACGCCAACAAUCGACGACCGUGACACGCCAGAAAGGACACACUCGGAAGGGGAGAGCAAAAAGUGUCGCGCAAACAAUGGCGCGAACAAUGGCAAUCAGCCGGUCGGUGGGGAGCUACCGCCCCAGCGGGAGGACCCAUUUACCAGCGUGGCCAUCUUCAACUGGAACCCGCUUGACGUGUACCAGCAGCAGGGGCUGUUUAUGAUUGAUCCCCGGUUCGCGCUGGCUGACAUGCGAGCCAUCUCGCCCGGGCCGCCCCCAGGUACCUCCAGUCAGUCGGCACUAUUCCCACUCCCGACAGUGCCGGAGGAGAUGGUCGAUAGCGUCACGGAUACGGAGGACCAAUUGCAGCGCCGAACGGGACAAGAAACUGGUGUAGCAGCACCGAAGACAUCCGAUUGGAAAGUGGACGCUUGUCACAAUUAUUGUCCGGCGGGUGUUGAUCCUACCGUAACGGCUGGCUCAUCCAACCGGCAGCCCGGUGACAAUGUAGAUAAGAUUGUGCAAAUGAAUCAGGUGUUACAUUGCAACGAACCGGACCACGUUCGCUGUCCGCCGGCCGGUACACCGGACAGCCGUCAGCAACGUGAGCUCACACCGACCGACGAAGGUUUGAAGCGCGUUGCUUGGCCACCGCCAGCCGACGGUCCCGAGUACGAGGUACAUCCAUCACAGCAGAAACAACAACCGGUAGGUCAGCAAAUCCCAUUGCAGCAGCAGCAGCAGCAGCAGCAGCAGUUCCAGCCGCAACAAUUCUACCACCCAACGAACCCUCAGCAGCAGCAGCAGCAGCAACAACCGGCUUAUCAGCAAACGAGCUUCCCGCCGCAACAGCAGCACCCGCACCAGCCGGUGGAACGCAUCGUUCCCAUACAAAGGCAGGCUACAUCGAUUCAAUCGCCCAAGUCGCCGGUUAAUCAGCUCAAGUACCCGGCGUACCAGGGUGCACCGCAGCCCGCGCAUCAGUAUCCCGGCGCCCGUGCACCAUCCUCCACUGUCGCGUUCAGUGGUGGCCGUGCCGUACUGCCCAACAAGUCGCAGCAGCAGCAGCAGCAGCAGUACCAGCAGCGUGGAGGUUACGCCAAUCAAGCCGCAUCACCACGCUCUCCGGUGGUUCCGGUAGCCUCGCCGCGCUCACCGGCCAUUUCUAACCUCGGUGGUAGUGGAAGCCCACGCGGUUGGGCACACGUAGCCUCCCCGGUACCGACCAACCGUCCAUCGUCCCAAUUCUCAUCUUCACCUUCUUCACCAUCUUCACCCUUCUAUCAGCAACAGCAGCAGCAGCCGCAGUACCAACAGGGGUACGCUCCAUCCGGUCAAACCGGGCCAGCUGCCUGGUACGGUGCGAGAAAGCCCGAAGCACAACACCAACAGCAACCGCUAGCACCACAGUAUCAGAAUCCGCUCGAGCAGCAGCCGUACCAACCGCAGCCCACUGAAGCUUUCCAACCGCUGACGGCACAACAGCAACAACCACUGUACCAACCAGCGCAGCCACCGCAGUCGCACCAGCAGUUGCCACCGACGCUGAUCACAACCCUACGCAAAGAACCACCAAUGUCUCAGGAGCCCGCUCCCGUCUAUCAGACGCAACCGGUUGCUGCUAUUUAUCAAGGAGGUAGCAAUAUGCGCGGAGAUCAAAAGUGGCCCCCAGAGGAAUACAAGCGCCAGUCGGAGGUGGAUAACGAGGAACGCCGUAAGCUAGCCCAGCAGCCAGCGUUUCGUCCACGCCGCCAGCAGAAGGAUUAUGCCGACUUCUUCGCCAAGAAUGCACUGAACAACACCUACCCGGGCUACCGGGCACCGCCAGGCACGCAGCACCAUGCUUAAAAAGGGCACCCGUUUCCUUUCCAUCCUCCCCGGGCUCGGGUGGUGGAUUACUAUUUGAAGAACCCAACAAAAUAGAAGCAUGUUCAAUGUGUGCAUGUCACUCCCCCGGCUGCGAAUGCGUCUUGAAAUGCUAGAAGCUUUGGAACGUACCAAAACAAAUCAGAAAAAAAGUAUUUGCAAAUGCUAGUUUAGAUCAAGGGAAAUGUGAGGAAAGUUGGAAUACAAAAAAAAGGAAAAGGAGAAAGUUCAAAGUGAGGGCGUUUUUAAGAACAACUAAAAGCAAUCAGCGCUUAUUGUUAAAUUCUGCUUCAGGCACAAAAAAAAACAACACCGUCACACGUAUAAAUAAAACAAACGAACUAACACUGUACACACACAAAAACAUAUUUUUCGAAAACAACAGAAACAAACAACGAAACAAAACAAAGAGAUAAGAAAUAAACUAGAAAGAGUUAGCAAUUACUAAUAAGGUUUCCCCAAGCAAAAACACGAGACAAUACGAGGGAGAAAAAGAGAGAGAGAGUGAGUGAGAUAGCAAGUGGUUUUCAAAAGCUUUCUGCAAAGCUCCACAGCGUUUGUUUAUAAACUCUAUUCAACUACUACUACUACUACGAUCAAGGAAGAGGGCAAGUAAACCAGCAGCAACAAGUGUCUACUUCGAUUAGCCAGCGCUACCUUUUGUUUCCGGACAGUUUUGAAACCGGCAAAAGCAACCGCCAUGAUACGUGUGGAAAAUGGGCGCAUCAGUUGCGCGAUGGCGUUAAUCUUUCUGUGCCUUGUCGUGUGCUUUCUGUUCUCCGUUUCGAUGUGUGUUUUGAUUUGGCUCAAGUAUCAGGUACCGCAGGCGAAGGUGCGCGUGUGAGAAGCUUCCGUGCGCUUGAGGAGCUUUUGAGCUUUUUUUCUGUAUUGGGUUUAAGCUUAUUUUGUGUUUUACGAUCGACUACAUUAACAAGGAGCAAGUAACAAAAAUGCAAAGUUAAGUUUAUUUAAGCUGUAUUAUGCUUGUUAUAUUUAUGAGGCGAAAAUUUGAAUCUAUCCACCCCGGUGAGCGCUUAACGCUUAUUAUGAUGGUUGAAACACGCGCACAUAUAUAUAAACACACACAGAUAUAAAACAAUAUAAAAAACGUACAUUAAUAAAGGCUUAUAUUCGUUAAAUUAA